CCAUCCACAAUGGAGAAGAGGAAAAAAGGCUCCUCUUUGGAACUGAGACUGAUGGUGGUCGGCAGCAGCGGACCGUCUCAGUUCCAGCUCACCAAUGCAAUCCUGGGAAAGGCGGAGUUUUCUAAGGACAUCUCCAGCAUUUCCGGCAGCAGGAAGAUUUUGGGUGAGCUGGCCGGGAGACGAGUGGCCGUGAUCAACGCCCCCAACAUCUACGAUAAGGACAUAUCCCGAGCCAAGAGGAAGAUGGAGGUAAGGAGGUCCAAGUGCUUGUCCAUGCCUGGCCCGCACGCCUUCCUGGUGGCCUUCGACAUGGAGCAGAUCUCCCCGAACGACAUCAGGACGCCUCAGCUGAUGAUGAAGCGUUUCGGGAGGCGCUGUUUGAGACACUGCAUCGUGCUGUUGGCCUACGACGGGAACCCGGAAGAAGCCGCCUUGGAGGGAUUGGUGCAGAACACCGAUUGGCCCUUGAGGCAUUUAAUCGAGGACUUCGGCGGCCGCUUUUACAUCUUCAACAAGGACUGGCGGGAGCGCAGCCGCGAGCGAGAGAUGCUGCAGAAGAUCGAGUACCUGGUGGCCUCUUUAGGCGGAGCCUGCUUCUCCAGCAGGACCUUCCAGAAAGCCGAGCGCAGCGUGAAGGAGGAGGAGAAAAGGUUGAUGAAGAAGAUGACGGCAGAUAACGAGAAGGUGUGGAGCGAGUUGGAGAAGAAGUACUUGUCGGAUGAACUGUACCGCCAGAAAGACGCCCACACGGCCAGCGUCAGCGCCGACAUUCGGGCCAAGGCGGAAGUAGACAACGGCUGGCUGAGAACAUCGCUGGUCAGAGGGGUGGGCAUCGGCGUGGUGGUGGGCGCCGUCAUGGGGGCGCUUGUUGGCUCAAUAGAGGGCCCAGGGGGGAUGGUUCUCUACAGUGUCAUCGGGGGCGCAGUGGGUGGGUUUGCAGGGGGCGCGGCUCAAGUCGCCAUCAAGCACAUGGAGGACAAAGUGGCCCCUCCUGCCAGACUCAACUUCAACUCCAUCUUCAUUAAUCGUUUCUUUGCAACAACUCGGCCAUGAUAGCUUGUUCACAACAUGAGGUGCACCUGCUCUAUUUCUCCAAAGAAAAUAGAGUAUAUUUACCAUCAAGGGUUGGAAUUGGGGGUUAAAUCAGUUUCUCAGAUAGACCUGAUACACAUGGAAUGACAAUAUUUUUGCGUCUGUCACCUUUUUCCUCCUCAUCCACUCUGUUCUUGUUAUUUCUGGAACUGGAUGCACUUUUCACAAACGACCAGCUGGGGUAACCACAGCUUUUGAUGGCUUCCCUCAGAUGCCUAUGCUCUUUCUCUUUGGCCUGUGGGCUGGCAGGAACAUGACCAGCUCUGUGUUGCAGGGUUCUCAUAACGCCCAGUUUGUGUUCCAGUUCGUGGUGUCAGUCAAAAAGUAGGUAUUGAUCGGUAUGUGUGGACCGAAAAAGGCAACUUAAUGUCUUUGACGUCCUCACUUGUGAAUUGAUGUUUUUGAGUUAAUGUGCCCGGUGAAGGCUUGCACUUCUUGGUUUCUGAUGUUCACCUUUAUGUCAUCCACUUAUCCGUACCAAUGUCUUGGUGCUGUUCCCUUAAAAGAGCUAAGAGCUCUCUUUGCCGUGUCCUUCGUGUAAAGGUUUGCUGCUAUUGGGGAUACAGGUGAUCCCAUGGCACAACCAUGUUUUUGUGGGCAAAACAUUCCCAUGAAUUGAAAGUAUGUAGUGUGAAGGCAAAGUUCCAGCAAACGGCAAAUCUGUUCUGGGUUUAGUGUGGAUCUAUCCUGUAAGGUGCGAUCCCCUAGCAGACGUUGCCUCACUGUCUCUACUGCAUCCUGGGUUGGAAUACAGGUAAACAGGGAGGUGACGUGGAAUGAAACUAUA